UAACUAAUGACCAAAAUAUUACUAGUGGGUCAAUGAGUGUAAGAAACAAAGAGAGAGAGAGAGAGAGUGUUAUGUUAUGUCUUUAUUGUCAAUUAGUAAUUUUCUUCGAAUUAGAUGUUGUUUCUCCGUCGAAUCGCCGUCGUCUUCUUUGUCUUCACCUCUUUCUCCGCCGCUCAGAACUCCACGUGUCCUCUGGACUUUUCCGUCCUUGAACCGUUCCGGCGUCCGAAACCCGAUGGCGCCACCACCUGCCAGUACCUCCUCCAAGGGCUACGCCUCCUCUACUCUCACCAUCUCCGUCAGACGGGUUCCUUUCUCCCGCCACCUGAGUCUGCUGCUUCUUGCUGGGCUGCUCUCCAGUCUUCCGUCGCCGGUUUCCUCCCUCGCUUUGACGUCCGAUCCACCUGCGGUUUCCAGACGCCGUGGAUUUCGCAGGGGUGCAUGGACAUCACCACCAGGUCUCAAUUCGAAUCCCUUAUCCCUAACUCCUCCCUCGCCACCACCGCCAUGCGCUGUAACACCUCUCUCGAGAGCAAUACCCCUUGCGCCUCCUGCACUCAGAGCCUCUCCGCGUUUCAGCCCUAUCUCUCCGGUCCAUCCCUCGGUAAUGUCUCCGACUGUGCUUCUUUUCCCUCUAUCUACGCCGCUGCUUUCGCCAAUUCCUUGGGCCCCACCGACAAAGGCACCGCCAAAUGCUUGUUUCAGCUCGAUUUGGCUUCUCCCACUAGCUCCGGUGCUAACAAAGUCAAAGUUCUAGUUUCUUCUUUCUCUGUUUUGCUCGUCGCCUCUGUUCUGGUUAUCACCGCUUGGUUCUGGUACUGCCGGAGGAAGAAAAGCAAGCUUCUCAAGCCUCGGGAUACUAGUUUAGAAGCUGGCACGCAGUCUAGACUUGAUUCCAUGAGCGAGAGCACCACUCUUGUCAAAUUCAGCUUCGACGAGAUCAAGAAAGCCACCAACAAUUUCUCACGCCACAACAUCAUUGGCCGGGGAGGUUACGGGAACGUCUUCAAGGGCGCCCUGCCCGACGGCACCCAGGUUGCCUUCAAGAGGUUCAAGAACUGUUCUGCUGGAGGGGACGCCAACUUCGCUCAUGAGGUCGAGGUCAUCGCCAGCAUCCGCCACGUCAAUCUCCUUGCCCUCAGAGGCUACUGUACUGCAACCACGCCCUAUGAAGGUCACCAGAGGAUCAUUGUCUGUGAUCUUGUCAGUAACGGUAGCCUUCAUGACCAUCUCUUUGGCGACUUGGAGGCUCAGCUUGCCUGGCCUCUUAGGCAGAGGAUCGCCCUUGGCAUGGCCAGAGGACUGGCUUAUCUACACUACGGCGCACAACCCUCCAUCAUCCACAGGGAUAUCAAGGCCAGCAACAUUCUCUUGGACGAGAGGUUUGAGGCCAAGGUUGCGGAUUUCGGGCUGGCCAAGUUCAACCCCGAAGGAAUGACUCAUAUGAGCACGCGGGUCGCAGGCACUAUGGGAUACGUUGCUCCAGAGUACGCACUGUACGGGCAACUGACUGAGAAAAGCGACGUGUACAGCUUUGGGGUGGUGCUUCUAGAGCUUCUGAGCAGGAGAAAGGCGAUUGUGACAGACGAGGAGGGGCAGCCUGUGUCGGUGGCAGACUGGGCGUGGUCGCUGGUAAGAGAAGGCCAGACAUUGGAUGUGGUGGAAGACGGGAUGCCAGAGAAGGGACCCCCAGAGGUUCUGGAGAAGUAUGUGCUGAUAGCAGUGCUGUGCUCUCACCCUCAGCUCCACGCAAGGCCAACAAUGGAUCAAGUGGUGAAAAUGCUGGAGAGCAAUGAGUUCACUGUUAUAGCCAUACCUCAACGGCCAAUCCCUCUGGUGGCUUGUAGGGAAGAGAUUGACCGCUCUGUUAGUAGCAGCAGUGGCUCAGGGAAGCUCACUAGCCCCACGGGAUAUCAGGCCUUCUCAUUCGGAGGUGAUGGCCCCUCAGGGAACACGAAUACCACUUAGAUGAGAUAUGUAUGUUGUAGAUAUUAAUUUAGUGUGCAUUCAUUUCAUUCUUUGAUGCUUCUUCUGUCACUUAUGUAAGUACAGUUGCUUUUUCCAAUAAACUCAUCUUGUUGUAACAGCUUUGGAUGCAAUAUUAUACAGGCUUAGAAAUAUAUAUAUACACACAUUUCACAUUGGUAUCAAAUGUCAGACCACGACAAAAGCUUUUGUUGGAAAAAGACACGAAAGAUGCGGAGGUCCAUGAAGAUAUCCAUGUGUGAGUGUGCAACACUUUGAUUGAUCCGCUCCGGUGAUUUCUCUGCUAACGUCAUUAAUCAACUUUGCAAUGACAUUUUGGUGGGUGGGUUAUCUUACAUUCUUUUCUUUUCUUUUUACUCAAAUUUUUAUAAACAAAAUCUUUCUGAAAGAAGAAGGAACGAUCGAGUUACAUAAGCAAGAUCGCUGUAUCAACAGUCACGUCUUUUAAUGUUAACAAGAAAGAUAAAAAAGACAGAUCUGAUUCAAAUGGAUCUGCGUGAGUUUUCUGUUUUUCUUGGAUGAUUAAUGAAUGAUUCACAAGAAUUUCAGAAAAAAAAACUGAG